AUGUCUCUGGUCUCAGGUCCGGGUCGAGCAGGCGUAGGCACCAUGCCCGCCGAAAUGCAGCUUUUCGUGGAUAAACACGUCCGCUACAUUCAGAGCCUCGACACACGCAAAGACGAGCUCGAGUACUGGCUCACCGAGCAUCUGCGCCUCAACGGCUUGUACUGGGGACUGACUGCUCUGCACUUGCUGGGACAUCCGAACGCCCUCCCUCGCAAUGAGAUCCUAAACUUUGUGUGCUCGUGUUUGCACGACAACGGUGGCUUCGGCGCUGCUCCGGGACAUGAUGCUCACAUGCUCUACACGGUCAGUGCUGUGCAGAUUCUAGCAACCCUUGAUGCAUUUGCAGAGUUUGAAGAGCGCGUCAAAGACGGGCGGCAGAAGGUUGGUCAAUUCAUUGCAGAUCUCCAAGACCCUGAGACAGGCACUUUCGCAGGGGAUGAAUGGGGUGAACGAGACACGCGCUUCUUGUACGGUGCAUUGAACGCUUUGUCUCUCAUGAGACUGCUGGAUCUAGUCGACGUGGAGAAGGCAGUCCAGCACGUCCACUCCUGCGCCAACUUCGACGGCGGCUAUGGCACCAGUCCGGGUGCUGAAUCUCACUCAGGCCAAGUGUUUACGUGUGUUGGAGCAUUGAGUAUCGCAGGGAGGCUUGACCUGGUCGAUCAAGAGAGACUGGGAGCUUGGCUAAGCGAACGACAACUCAAGAACGGUGGGCUGAACGGGCGGCCUGAGAAGAAGGAGGACGUGUGCUACAGUUGGUGGGUUAUGAGUAGUAUGGCCAUGCUGAACAAGCUCCACUGGAUCGAUGGCGAGAAGCUGACGCAGUUCAUUCUGCAGUGCCAGGAUCCCGAACGGGGUGGGUUGGCAGAUCGCCCUGGUGACAUGGUGGAUGUCUUUCACACAGUCUUCGGCAUUGCUGGGCUCAGCCUGCUCAAGUACCCUGGACUGGAGGAAGUGGACCCUGUAUAG